GCCCCUCCUCCCUCAGACCCAGGAGUCCAGGCCCCCAGCCCCUCCUCCCUCAGACCCAGGGGCUCCGGAGCCCCAGCCUCCAUUUCCCUCAGACUCAGGAGUCUGGACGCAAAGCCGCACUGCCCCAGGAGGGUUGAGCCUCCUCCUCACUGUGCUGCUAGGCAUCGUAGUCCCAACCCAGCCCCCCAGUCGGCCUCCUCUCCCACUCUUGGGGGACCAAACCAGAAGCUUGAGGACCUCCAGUUGGACCCCUUUCCCCAGUUGUGGGUGUUGAAACUGAGGCCUAGGUAGGAGAGGGGCCUCCGUGCCCAUGAGUCACCCUCUCCACGCCAGGCAGCUCCCCACUCCGAGGCCUUCGGAUCCCUGAGGCCUGGUACUGCCAAGCUGCUCAGGUUACACACGCCCCCUGGUGAGGCCUGGGGUGCCUCGGGACCAGGGGACUCUCGAGCAGGUGCUCUGGCCUGGGGCCCGACCUCCAUUUUCUUGUUGCCCUGCUAGGUCCCCUGGUUGCUGGGGGGGCCUCCCUAACAAUGGGGCUCAGUGAGGCCUUCUGAGCCUCAGGCCCAUUGGCCCCUGGUUGCUAGGGGGAAGACCCCGUGGCAACCAGGUCUUAGGAGCCUUUGGGCCACCUGGCGCUGCCUCGUAGGCAUCAAGUUACUAAACAGGGAUUCCCUGACAAGGUCUCUGGGAUCCCCACCUCUCAGGGUCCCCCGGUUGGUAUGAAGGAGAUGUCAUAGUCCCCUGCCAGCUUUCCUCCCAGGUUGCUAAGGUGGCUCUCUUAAUGCCCAGACCCCCACCUCCACCCCAGGCCCCUUCCACCUGGUUGCUAAGGAAGCAACUCCCUAGCACCCAGGCCAGUGUGACCCCUUCUUCCUUCUUCCCCAUUGCUAACGGGGCUCCCUAGCAACAGAACUUAGAAUCCUGGGGGCUGGGGGGCGGGCGGGGCCAAGCCGGUUGCUGGGGUGAUGGCCUUCAAGGUCUCUCCCCACAGAGGCCCUGAGGGUCUGGGGAGGCAACAUGGUGGGCUCUGGGAUCCCAGCUUUGAGCCUCUUCCUGCUGAUGCAGGGCUCAGUAGAUGGAAAUGGAAUCCAGGGAUUUUUCUAUCCAUGGAGCUGUGAGGGAGACGUGUGGGACCGGGAGAGCUGUGGGGGUCAGGCGGCCAUCGAGAAUCCCAAUCUCUGUCUGCGUCUGCGAUGCUGCUACCGCGACGGGGUCUGCUACCACCAGCGGCCAGAUGAAACUAUGCGGAGGAGACACAUGUGGGCGCUGGGCUGGACGUGCGGAGGCCUCCUCUUCCUGAUCUGCAGCAUCUGCUUGUUCUGGUGGGCCAGGCGCCGGGAUAUGCUGCACCUUCCAGGGUUCUUGCAGGGCAAAUGCAAACUGUCGAGGACUGUCUCCCUGUUAUCCAAGGACCGGGGGACUCUGAGCGAGAAAAAGACGGCGUCCAUUGGCAGCAUGCAGCCCUCCCUGCCGACGGAGGGGGGCUUGGAAGCCUCGGGGGCCACCGAAGGGGAAGGGACGGAAGGGGGCGAAGAAACAGAAGGGGCGGAUGAGGAAGAUUAGGGGUGCCCCCGGGGGGACCCCUCAAUACAGAUAUAGCAUAUAGAUGUGUGAUUUCUUUUCUGAGGGCCAUGGGAACAAGGUGGGUAUGAGGACCCCGGGCAGGGAGUAUGUGUGUGAGUGUGGGUGUGUGUGUUUGGGGAGGGAGCCCGGGCUGAGUCGGGGGAGCUGGGCUGUGAUCAUGGAGGGUGUGAGCUGAGGGGGUGCCUAGAAUGAGAGGAGUCUAGGGUAAGCUUCGAGGAUCUGAGCUGAGGAGUCCUGGGCUGAGCGCGGGUCUUGGCCUGUGACCAUGGUGAGUGUGGACUGAGGCAGGUAGGGGUGAAUAGGGGGUGGCCUGGGCUAAGGGGUCUGAGAGGGCAGCCGGGCUAGGGGUACCUAACUAGGCUGAGGGGGGACAUGCCACAGCCACGGGAAUGUGCCCCUCAGCUCCUCUUCUGCAGAAGCACCCGUGGCUCACAGCCUCUGCUGCCUGCCCUUGGGAUCCCAGCCCCCUCUGCCAGCGUUUGCCGCACUUCCCACCAAUGUCUGAGCGGGGCUGGGGUCCUUGCGGGAUGUGGGCCUCCCCCAGCGGAUGACUUUAGCUCAGACUCCCCAGCGGCUGGGCAGAAAUUUUCUUGGAAGUGUGUUACAGUUCAAGACGUGUCCUGCACAACCCUCCUUCCUCCCCUCUCUCCUUUCUCAGGUGUCAGACCCAUACCACCAUACCCUCCAUAAGAUCUCUCCCAAUAAAUAUCUUGCAAGUCUAAUUUGUCCCUACGCCUGCUUCUUGGAGGGCCUCAAACCAACAGAGGAACCUGGGCCAAGGGAGGUCUGGACUGAGGGGGUGGGUCUGGGCUCCAGAUCCUUGACCCCACCUCCCGUCCCCCUCUGUGAGGGGCCAACAUAAAGCUGG